UGGCCCGCGAGGAUGUUUGAGCUCGCGUCGUUCACUCGCGAGACUGCUACGUCUAAUGGAACUGGACCUAAUGUCACUUAGCUAUCCAACUAACUACUCCCUACCGAGUUCAAAACAGUGAGCAUAUAAAUGAACACCAUGUCUUCUUUUUCAAAGCGCAAAAGAAACUCACGGAAUAUGAGAUGCGUGCUAUUUCCAGAGGACGCCAAAGAAGCCUUCAGCAUGAGGGGUUGCGCUCCCUCAAAGGCACCGAAGUCAUGGGAGAGAUGUAGCGAGAGCUUCGGGGACUCUACUAUGAUCGAGAAGCUUCAGACAGCGGGAGGAACGAGCACAACUGUGCAGCAACUGGCCGCGUCAUCCAGACCAGUGAGGUAUGACCUAGCAGAAGAUCCAGUACAUAUUGUGUGGAGCUCAAGUGAGGAAGAGCAGUCUGAUGGUGAAUGCCAGCUUCCACUUCCUGUCCCAACUGCAAAGGCAUCACUGCGAUCCAGAGUAUUGAGGGGUCAUGGAGGUUCCAGCAAUCAGGCAGCGGGCAGCUCCUCCAGCAGAUACUGCCAUUUACUCAGGACAGGAGCAGACACAGACGACCUACCCAAUAUUGAUUCAGAGAGCGAGCAAGAGGAUGAGGUAUCUACAGUGAGUACACUUCCUAUGAAGGUGGCAGCCAAUAUCUCUGACUGCUCCUCCUCCUCUGAUGGUCAUGGAGGUCCAGGGCGGUUCAGACGUCUGGACUCCUCUGCUCUGGAGCCGCCCCAUAGGUCUGUGAGCGAGUGGGUUCGCUCUGUGCAAGCGCUGCUCCACACUCCUCAAAAACAAACCACCGGGACCUCGUGGACACCCAAGGACUCUGGCAAAAAGAGGCGCAGUUUUGAAAGUGGGGGUCUUGCAGAAAGACUUAAUAGGCUUCAGUGCAGACAGAGGUCAGCUAUAAGUUUCUGGAAACACCAGUCUCUGUCCAACAUUACCACACCUACAGAGGAAAGGCCAGGUGUGUUAAUGCUACGUGUGCAGAGCGUGCAGGAGGUGUGCGGGAUGCAGGCAGCUCUGUGUUACAGACCCAUCGAGGGUGAGCCAUGCAUUGCACUCUUCUGUAAGGAAACAGCCACUCACCUGGCACUUGGUGCAGAGAACACCAUCUACGUCUAUCCACCAUGGCAGAGUCUUAUUGUUGAAGGGGAACAACAUCCGAUAAUCCUCAACACUCAUUUCAGCCAGAAGGUUUUAGCAGAGGUGAAGCGAGAAAACAGCACAAUGUUGCCAAGGAUUAUGUCACCUGAGGAGAAGACCAAACCAUAUCCUUUAACCAGAUGCCUAUGGCAGAGAGACAAAGUCUUCCUGUCUACUCUGCAAUCCAUCCCUCAUGAGCAGGUCUGCAGGGAUGUGAGUGGUACAUCUGAGUCUCUUCUAGAGGCAGUGGAGGCUUGUGGCCCAUCAGGCUUAUUGUGUGACCCUGUGGAGGUGGUGGUUCAGAGAGUCUAUUUCAGCACCAUCUCACAGCCAUUAAGACAUACAGCUCUCAGACAGUCUGGACCAGCAGAACCAUGGCACACUGGCAGGUUGUGUAUGCUGGUGCAAGAUGCCUAUGGUAUGUUCAGUGAGGUGGAGUUGCAGUGUGUGUCUUCAGAAGAGGAGCUGAAACACUACACAAAGCUGCUAGAGGGAAGAAUGUGUGUGCUGCAGACACUGAAAGUGAUCAAGCGUCUCACUCGCGAAAGAUAUAAUCAACUCUUCAGUUUGAUUGACAGUCUGUGGCCGCCUUCGGUUCCCAUAAGGGUUCACAGGGACCUGGUGUGCAAUCAGGCAGUUAGAGUUCCAGCACCCAGCUUCUGCUACAGGCUGGCUGGGCAGCAGAACGGUGUGGUCGUUCGACUUAUGUCCCCAUUAUACCGUCCACCUGUGGUUCAGACCCUCCGAGAGAUUUUACAGGAUCAUUGCACUAGUUUUCGGUGCAGUUUCACAGCGACUGUUGUUUAUAAGCGAGAACAGACAUUCCAGAGUGUAGGAGAGAAAGAUUUCUUGCUGUUUGUGACGGACCACAGCCUGCAGGAUGAGCAGAGUUGUGGGAUCAGGAACAGGACACUGCCUGUGCAUGUGAGCUCCUCCUGCCUGCUCCACAGCUCCAUCAGAGAGGCCAUCACCUCCUCCCAGACUAGGCCCACGCUGCACUUCAGAGACGCUAUGAUGGAGCACGGGAAGCUGCUGGAUAGUCAUAUAUUCUGCUGGGGGCAGUCUGUGCUGCAUUUUGACUCUGAGCAGGCCCUAACUUGGAGCCCAUCACCGCCCAAACCCUUUCUGUUGGAUCAGCUCAGCCUGGAGAGCCCAUCUUGUUCACUCUGCACUCUCACAGGAGAGGUGGUGGGAGUGGAUGAGGACUCUGCUUACUCCUGGCUCUCCUGCAGACAGUGUGGCAGUGACCGCUUAGAGGCACAGCAAAAGCAACAGGAAGUGUUUCUUUGUGCAGAAUGUGGAGUAGUGGACAAACCAACCACAAAGAUGCAACUUGAAGUAUUUCUCAGUUGUCCUUCAUUAACUCACAGUACUGUGAAAAUUAAGCUGCAACAGAAAUCCAUAGUGUCCCUCUUAAAGUCAACCGGAUAUACUGAGGGAUAUGAGGUGCAGAAUGUGCUUGGGAAGAAAGUUGGCCCUCUGAGUGCCUUCAUCCAUGUUAUCAGCAAGCAAUCCACCCUUUGGAUGGGUUUAGAGGAGAUUGUUCUAUGACCCACCCUCAUGGAUACACCUGUGUACCUUGGAUAACCUUUGCAUCACUCAUCUGUCCAUUACCAAAGGAAACAUAGUAUAUUGCCAGUCUAAACAUAAGUACAAAUGAAUUGUUUUUACAUACCCUUAAGCCUGUAGAGGCUGAGAUUUCUUGUAGCAUCGUCAAAUGUUGCUGUUUUUCUCAUGCCAUGAACUGAAUAGGAUUUUAAACACUAAUUUUGAUUAGCUAUGGUCUUGUUCGUUCAUUUCCAUUGCAAACAGCCUCUCAAACAUCCACAUCAUCUUCCACUCCUGUUAAUGAACACCUGGAGCAUAAUGCUACCAGUGUAACUGUACAUAGAACAUUUUGUAACGUGUAUUGCUAUAGGGCCUAUGCUAUAAAAACACGGUGUGUACAUUUUA